GAGUAUCAAUACCAAAUACUCUUUGUAACUGAAAUGCACAUUUUGUCUGCUACUGGCUGAAUACUAACUUAAAUAGCCAUCAUCUGCCUUAUUUCCAGAAUGCAGUAUUAUUCAUAUUAUCUAUGCUGUUCUUGUACUUUAUAGUGUUAAAUUAACUGACAUAUUAUCAUCAUGUAUACAUGUAUAUAUUACAUAUACUGUAUAUACACAUUGAUGCAAUAUAGCGCAAGUCGGUCAGUGAGGAGCUCGGUCCUUUCAGUGAGGGGUACAAGCCGUUUCCAAGGGAAUGCGCCAAUGAAAAGCGGCUUUCGCAUAGCAACGGUUGACGUCACACUACGACGUGCGCUCAACUUUCAGGCGUUAUGGGACGUGAUGACGUUUUCCGCUAGCCAGGGCCCUUCUCAGCCAUGCGCAUUGGGCUUGUUAUUGGCUUGGUUGUUAUGAGUGGCUGAGGCCUCGGACUAAAUUAGUAGAGAAACCCCCCGUCUCCGCCCCGGGACACCCCGCCAUGGAGGGCAUGGACAUGGACCUAGACCCGGACUUCAUGCAGAAAUUCAGCUGUAUGGGUACUACCGACAAAGACGUGCUCAUCUCCGAGUUCCAGAGGCUGCUCGGCUUCCAGCUGAACCCGGCCGGCUGCGCCUUUUUCCUGGAUAUGACCAACUGGAACCUUCAGGCAGCCAUUGGGGCUUACUAUGACUUUGAGAGCCCCAACAUCAAUGCACCUUCUAUGUCAUUUGUGGAGGAUGUAACGAUUGGGGAGGGAGAAUCUGUGCCCCCUGACACACCUUUCACAAAGACCUGGAGGAUACAGAACACAGGGACAGAGUCUUGGCCCCCUGGGGUAUGUCUGAAGUACGUGGGUGGUGACCAGUUUGGGCACGUGAACAUGGUGAUGGUGCGCUCGCUGGAGCCCCAGGAGGUGUCAGACGUCAGUGUGCAGAUGCGUAGCCCGGCCACCCCUGGCAUGUAUCAGGGCCAGUGGAGGAUGUGUACGGCCACUGGCCUCUUCUAUGGAGAUGUAAUCUGGGUGAUCCUGAGUGUAGAGGUUGGUGGCCUCCUGGGCGUCACACAGCAGCUCUCCUCCUUCGAGACAGAGUUCAACACUCAGCCCCAUCGCAGUGUGGAAGGUGACUUCAACCCCUUUGCCUCCCCUCAGAAGAGCAAACACGCAGCUGGAGAUGAGCGGCUCAAGGGCCCUGGGGCCCCAUGGGAAGGCCACUCUGAGCGGACCCAGCAAGAUCAAAAUGGACUGUCACACAGCUCUGUAAAUAUAACACCAAACAGUCUCCAAAACAACCUGUCAGUAGUGACGUAUGGCCAGGGCAUCCACGGACCCUACCCUUUCGGACAGUCUUAAGACACAGCCCCUCCCUGUGGCCCACGUGGUGCUGUGAACCAGCACCUCUGGCCUUAUCCCAUGCAAGGGGGGUGGCAGGGUGGAGUAUGGGCAGGGCAGGAGCAACUGCAACUUUCAUAUUGACACUUGACAUGACCCCCCCCCCCCCACCCCACCUUCCCCCCUGACAUCAACACGAAUGAAAACUGAAGAUAAGACUUUUUUUUGUUUUUUGUUCCUGAUAUGUAAUUCAUCCAACAUCAAACACCCAGCGUAUGCAUGUGUGAAUGCUAAAUUAAGAAAAGAGUGCUAUGAAUCUUUUAAAAGAAGUGGAAUAUGCAUUAUUUUUUCUUCUGUCUUUUUUUAGUUGUUGACACACAAAACCAAGUAGAGACUGCAGAGAGAGCAAGGGUGAGCGAGCGUGUGUCCGAGUGCAGCAUUCGAGUGAAGAAAGGGGGGAAAAAAGCCAUUGAAACAUUAGGUUUUUGUUGAACGACUGUAGUUGUUUGAAUAGACAUUUAUAAACUUUUUGAAUAUCCUUGUUUACCUGUUUUUCCCUUUUUUUUUUUUUGUCUUUUUUGCAGUUUUGUAACAAUGUUAUGGUGUAUACUUUUUGGGUGAUUAACGUACCCAGUUUAUGUGAAGAAACUAUUCCAGAGGAGACAAAGGAUUCAGAUUUCCCAGGAAUGGAGGAAGGGAGGACUAAGCUUGAUGCCGGUGCCUGCUUUAGCUUCUUCUCCUGACGUAGUCAGAGGCAGAACUGUUCACAUCACUGCCGAAUGAAUUUAAUGUUCCGGCUCUAAAUGUCUGCAGGGAUGUUUCCCUGUUCAGACAUUAUAAAAUAUACAAUACAUAUUGGUGCCCAUACACUGAAGAAUGGUGAGUUGGGCUGCAGUACCAUCCUACUCUGACGGAGGGCGAUACCAAUCAAAGCUACCCAUAGCUAACCUCAAACUGCUGGGUUAGCCUUGAUAGAGGCUCUCUUUUUUCACAUCCUGCUAGAGUCAGUUGUAGAAAUUCUUUGCUCCAUCACACGGCAAGUCUUUCGUUCAGUUUUUGGAGUUUGCCACGGAGCCAUCGGUGCGUGAGGAACCCCUCACUUACAUGCUGUCCGCAGUGUGAACGUACUGUACAGCAAGCCAGGGCACCAGUGGAGUGCGACGUGCCUUAAAGGAGACGAGGCUGGUCUCCCGUUCUCAGUUCAGCAGAGCACGUCGAGGAGUGUCCUGUCCCGGUUGUUUUUGUGUGUUAUACACUGUUUUCACAUGUGACACAUUGAAGUGUUGUUUUGUUGCACUUGUGAGCUGUCCCAAACAUGAGCUUCACUGAAGAGAGGCAGUUCACCUUUGGAAAAUGUUGCUUUAAAGUGUGCGUGUGUAUGUGCGCGUGCGUCUCUCAGUUUGUAGGUCGUGAGAUCGUUUGAUCACGUUUCGCAACAUGCAGAAGAUGCAUGGUUACGUUUAGUAAUUUUCUUCAUUAACGAUAGAAGACACUAUGAAACCACUUUUUGACUCCAGUUUUUUUUGUUUUUUUGCAUCUGUCAGCAGCAUUUGACAUUACUAUUUGACAUUGAUUUAUCAUAUUCGUGCAGAGGAGCGAGGCUGAUGUGGACAGUUAAUCCACUGACGCUAGAGGCGGAGAGAUCUCUGCCUGGCCUCUGAGGGCUCAACACGAAACAUUGAGCACAGCAGAGCGCGUCCUCUUGCCUUCUGCCCAAUGCACGACCUCAUCUGGACCCCACGGGCAUUCGUGACCAGCUACAUCUGUAACAGCUGUUUGCUUUAGGGUUAGUGUGGCUGUAAUUGGUGGUGCUCGUUGAUCGGUUUUUUUUUUCUUUUUUUUUUUUUGUCCUUUUUGGCUUAAACCACAAAUCUUCUCCACCCAAAAAGUAUACACUGUCCUGCCUUUCUCUUUCUUGUUUCCUUUUUCUCUUUUUAUUCUGUUCACUUUCUGGAUUUCUGCAAACAUUUUUGUGCAAAAGUGAUCUUUUUUUGAUUCCUGGAUAUGGAUGGUAUUUCCUUUUUCUGUGAUUUGGGUGAGUGUAGAGUUUUGUGUGGGGUAGUAUGGGGAAUGGAUGAGUCAGAUGUCUGUGCGAAGUCCAAUGAUAGCACAUUUUGAAGAGGAGGGGAAAAACUAAAGUAAUUUGACGCCUUUUACCUGUAUGUACAAAUGAACAUUUGUAUGAUUAAAU